AUGGUUUUGGGCAGUCCCUCUCGCCCUCUGUGGGCGGUGGUGCAGAGUUCUCCCGUCCUCAUCCUCCCUGGUAUUCCUGGCUUCAAGGCUGUUCUGAUGACCGCCACAGAGUUCCAGCACACCUCCCCCAUCGAGGUGGGCAUCGAGAGCUGUUGGGCAGGCUCCCUGAACUGCCCCCAGGUGGAGUUCUCCUCCAUGAUCUUGGAGGCAAUCUCCACAGAGAGCUCCCUGUUCAUCCGCCAGAACCAGCUGCUGCACCGCUUCGUGGGCAACUUCUCUCUGCUGCCUCUAAGAGCCCCGCCCUCAGAGGCGUGGCAGCAGGUGCUGCGCACAGUGUGCGUGUCCCGCAUGGUGCCUGUGUUCAUCCCGUACCACGGCACCGAGUACUUCUACAUCCUGGGAGGAGGCUGGCAGAAGGGCACCCUCUACAGGGCCCAGGUCUACGAUGGGGAUGUGACGUUUACUCAGUUGCUUGACUCCAAGGGCAGCACUGCUUGCGAGUUUAUGAACAGUAAAGCCUGCCAGGUCAAAUGGGCAGCCCAGGAUUCUUCCCACAACCACCUGAUUGACUUGGUUCUCCUCGAACUGCUACCGGACAAUAAACAGGCCCACUCCUACCACCUCCUCAUAUUAGACAAUAAUUUCCACCUUGGCGACACCUUGCCCAAGUAUAUACCAAAAGGCAGUGGAGACUCGUUCACGGUGGUGACCAAGACUCAGGAAAAUGUCACAGUGACUCUGCACUUGAGGGGCAUGGUGUUCAACCCCAUCAGUGCCAUCCUCUACAUCUGGGGCAACGCUCUGCUCUGCUCUCAAGACCAGGGGAUGAGCUACCUGUUCUUUAAUGGCUUCCCUCUGGAUCAGAUGAUUAAGUACUUCACUCUGUCCUACCACGGAGAGUUCGCCUUCGUCACAGAGACCGAAGAGCUGUGGUGGGGGCAGGAGGGCGUGGACCAGGUAAUGCGAGUGCGCCCCUCCCUGGGCUGGCAGGCCUUCUCUAGCCUGCAGGCUCUGAAGGGCGACAGCUCCUACUCCAUGACCCACAGCCUUCUCACUGUCUUCUACGACUGGGACAAACAGUUGCAGGAGGUGGUUUACACAGUGGACUCUAAGGGAAAGGGUUCUGUGGUGAAGAGGGAGCUGCCUGUGCCAGAGAUACUUUCCUAUAGCCACUUCUCGACCACCCCCCGCAAAGUCCACCACUUGGAGUCGUUCAGUGCCUUCUCUUUUCCCCUCACCUGCCCCUUCUUCUGGGAGCACAUGGCAGACCUGCCCCACCCAGAGCCCUACAACCGCAUCCAGCAAUACCUGACCCGGCCCCCCCUGGUGCCCACCUCCUUGGGCCUCCAGACCACUGCCUCCCUGGCCACCUACCAGGGCCUGCUGCACCACCUGCUCCAACUGCACUCGGACUACAUCAUGGACAUUGGCGAUCCCGUCCAUAACCCAACCUGGCGCUGGUGGAAGGACAAAGUUAUAUAUGCGGACUACUACUUCUACAUGGCUAGCAACGGCGUGUCGUCCACAGGCUUCAACGUGGAGAUUGGGGGCUACUCCCGGGCCUACAUGAGUUCGGAGAUCACCUUCCCAGACAUGGUGUACCUGGACCGGGUCUCCUCCUUCUCCUUCUCCAUCUACAUCGCCUGCGGCUCAGCCAAACACCUCUCUGUGGAGGAGAAACCCAGAGAGCUCAGUGACAUCAACUACAUCUGGCUCUCAGCUGAGGUAUCCAACAACCGCUACAUCCAUGUGUCUGUGACCAGGAACGAGCUCUUCAACAGAGGGGCCGUGUUAUAUAAGGUGACUGUGAAAGACAGGGGGCUGUUUCCCGGUCAAGUGCUGGCGGGUGAGGGGCUCCUGGCUUUCAACCUCCUGCUAAGGGUGAGCAGCUCGGAGAUGAAGUGCUACCAACAGAAAGACCAGGGGAUAGCCCUUAGAGGGCUGCACAGGGUGCCCAUCUACAUUGGCUGCCCCCCCGGGAACCGCCUGGCGUUUGACAUCACAACCACCCUGGAGCAGUGUGCCAACAACAACAAGCGCUACUUCAACUGCCCCAAACCCGACCCCAUCAUGCCUUGCUUUUACUACGAAGACCUGUUCUAUCCCUUCUUCUUGAUCCAGGACAUGGUCUCUGGAGAGUCCGAGAGAUUCCUCGGGAGCUAUACCUUUAAGGUGGUUGGCGGAGGAGCUUACUCGAAAGAUCACAUCCGGCUCUACACUCCAGAGGAGGUGCAUAUGUAUAACAGCCUCAACUACAGCUCCCAGAGGACACUGGUCUGGAUGUUUGAAGACAUGGACAGCAGUGUUAAUAUCACUAAGGAAGGAUUCGUGGUCAUGCAUGGCAAUACAAACAAGAUUCGGUGGAUGUGUCAGGGGAAAUCUCCCUGUGGCAACAUGGCGGCUCAGAGCCUGGAAGCACCAGACUAUUACUUUGUCAUCGAAGUCUCAAACAAGGGUAUAGAUUUGAGUACGUACUGUGACUAUGCGUUGCGGUUUAUACUCCAUGUGCAUGGAUUCCCAUUGGACCCCAGCAGAGGCCUUUUCUACAUGCUGAUGACUCUGGCCACCAUCGUAGGAAUCCUCUUCUGCUUCAUUGUGUAUAACUGCUGUGGUCCAGGCUUGAAGAAUCUGUUAAAGGCAGCCUACCAUGCCACCAAGCACAGGACCCACGCAGCGCAUGAAUCCGAUGUCUCACUGGCACCUAGUAUAGGGGAUGGAUUUCACAGAUCCAGGGAUUCAAGGCAGGGCUUAAGCCUAACAUCUACUAAUUGAAAGAAGAAAAAUAGCACCAUAGUUCACCAUUCACUUUAUUAAAAAAAGAGGCAGUGUUAACAUGGAAUUUUAAUUUGUUUCAUAAUAGGAAAAGGUUAUUUGUUCUGAGGUCUAAUGUACUGAACAAAUUCAAAUGUUUUAAAAUAAAAAUCAAACAAUACACA